ACAUAACAUUUUAAAUUGAACUUUUUUUUUCGCCAAUAAUAAUCAGAAAAAAAUUUCCUUUGCUCAGCAAAAAUACAUUAUUGCAGAAAAAAUGUCUUCGAUUAAAGAACUGAAAUCGGAUAAAAUUAAAUACAAAAAUGAUCCAAUAAAAUAUGUGGAAAUUGCCAAUCUUUUGGGUCAUAAAUUUCGUGAAUCUGGUCGUUACAAUGAAGCAUUAGAUGAACAUUUGGAAGCCAUUACGAUUUGUAAGAAAAUAAAAAAUUCGACAAUCAAUCGUGAAUUGGAAGCAGUUAGCCGUCGUGCUUUAGGUGAAUGUUAUUCGGAAAUGAGCCAACAUUCAGAAGCAUUGAAUCAGCAUGAAUUAUAUUUGCGAUUAACAUUACAAAUCAAUGAUCCGAUUGAGAUACAACGUGCUCAUGCAACCAUUGGUCGUACAUAUCUACUUUGGGGACAAGAAUCCGAAAACGAAAAAACUAAUUGUGAUCUAAUGAAGAAGGCCGAAUAUUCAUUCCAAAAGGCGAUGGAUCUAUGUGAAAAUCUUCGGUCUUCGGGGAAAUUAAAACCAAGAGAAUAUGCUGAAAUGAAAUCUCGACUUUUACUCAAUCUAGGCUUAGUGUAUGAAAAUCUUCAUGAUUUUGACAAGUGUAAAAAAUUGAUAGAAGAUUCCAUUACAUUGACAAAAGCAAAUUAUUUAUUUGACGAGCUUUUUCGUUGUCAAAUUUCAAUGGGUUCGAUUAAUGAAAAAACUGAUUGCCAAACGGAAGCUAUUCAUCAUUAUGAGGAAGCAUUAAAAACGGCUGAUACUUUGAAAAGUAAACGGAAAAAAUUUGAUGUAUUCAUAUGUUUAGGUUUAGCAUGGAUGAAACAGGAACAAAUUGAUAGAGCAAAAUCUUUUUUAAAGAAAGCAUACUGUUUAAAAAUCAAUGUUGAUGAAGAUAAAGAAAGAAUUGUUCAACUAUUAAAAGUUUCUAUGGCAAUUGAUUGUGAUUUGAAAAAAUUAUUUGAAACAAAUGAUUUAGAGGAGAAAAUAAUUCUAUGUGAUAGAUUAGGCGAUCAUUUUGUCAUAAUCAAAUGUUUUUUACAAGCAAUAAAAUAUUAUAAAAAAGAAUUAUUAUUUGCUACCGAAGCAAACAAACCAAAUGCUUUCAUUUCAAAAAUUUAUGUAUCGAUUGGACAAACAUAUUUGGAUAGUGGAAAAUACUAUAAAGCUAUCGAAUAUUUUAAACAUGAAUAUAAUUUUCAAUUGGGAAACACAUGUGAACAAUGUACAUCUUUACUCAAAAUUGCUGACAUACAAGAAUGUUUAUAUGUUUUCAUCGAUGAUUUGGACAUUGAUGAAAAAGAUAAAUUGAAAAAGGAAAUUAUUGAAAAUUACGAAAAUUCUAUGCAAUUGUUUUCCGAUUUGAAAGUAAUAUUGCCAAUCGAUCAUGAUCAUAAUGGGCAAAUCGAUCUCGAUACACGGAUUCAAAAUGGAAAAGGAAAAUUAAAACUUUACAAAACAGCUAUAGGAAAUUAUCUGAAUUUUCUCAAGUCAAACAAAUUGAAUCGAUAUCGACAAGAUGAAUUAAAGGAAGAGCUUGCCGAUUUGAACCGUAUAACUAUCGUUGAUGAUGACAAAGAUGAUGAUGAUGAUGAGAUACAAGAGACUGAAAUUACUAAUGAUAUCUAUGAUCAAUAUGAUAUUGAUUUAUUAGCCAUUGAAAUCGAUUCGGAUGGCAAUGAAAAUGAUGAAGAAAUGCCGGAAAAUUUUCAUUCAAAACCAAAACGAAAUCCCAAUAAAUCAUCUAUUCGAAAUCGUUUGAAUCAAUUCGGUGAAACACCAUUACAUACGGCUUGUAUUGCCGGGAAUCUUGUUCAAGUUGAACGAUUAAUUAGUCAAAAUGUCGAUAUAAAUGCUAAAGAUUUUUGUGGUUGGACACCAUUACAUGAAGCAUGUAAUCAUGGAUUUAUAGCUAUUGUUGAACAUCUUUUGAAAAAAGGUGCCAAUAUUGAAUCAUGUGAUGAUCGAAGUGAUCGUAUUACACCAUUACACGAUGCAUGUAAUUGUGGACAUUUUGAUAUAAUUAGAUUGUUACUCGAUUAUAAUGCGAAUGUAUUGGCACAAAAUUCGAACAAUGAAACACCCAUAGAAUGUUUGAUGAGUUGGCGUGAACGAAGUAAAAAUGAAUUGAAUAAACAGGAUCUUGACAAUUGUCUGGAGCUUGAAAUACGUAUGAUAAACUUAAUGAAGGAUAAAGGAUUUGAUCCGACCAAAUUAUUCAAACGUUCUAACAACAAUAACAACAACAACAAUAAUAAUGAUAAUAAUAGCAAGCUUCUGCAAACAACAUUUACUAAAAUGAAUGGCAGUGAUGCAAACACUUCUACUAAUAUUAUUAGAAAAAGAAAUUUAGUAAAAGAUCAUAUUUAUUCAAGCGAAAAUUCUGAUCAAUUUAUUCAUCGUAAUGCCAACGAUGAAAAUAAUAUGAUCACCGUUCGUGAUGAUUUGAUGGCACAUGAAGCUCGUCAAGAAUAUCGUAAUACGAUUGAAUCGAUUCGAUAUUUUGGUUCGAAAACGAAAACUGCCGUUUCGUCUUCGUUUCAAACGAAAGACCAUAAGCAUCAUCAUGCUUUGAUUGACGAAAAUGAAGAAAUGCCAAGAGAUGAUUGGCUUAUUGAUGAUUUGGGUGAUAAAAGGCAAAAGCAGCAUAUACGUAAACGAAUGUUAGGCGAAUAUUUUGACAGAAAUGAUACAAACAAAAAACUUAAAUCAAACACUGACGUUAUACAAUUAGAUUCCGAUUCAUUUGAGACAAAUACCAAUAAUAAUUAUCCGGUCGUUUAUGAUGAUGAUGAUGAUAAUGAAAAUACUUUUGAAACUUUUCCUUCACAUUUAAUUUCCGGUUCAUCAACCACCACCAUUGUUGAAGCAUCAACGGAAAACAAUUGUUCGCCUGUCAAUUCUACAUCUGCAAUAAGGGCAAAUUCAGCUAAUAAAGACAAUCACCAAAUAAUAAAUAGAAAUAAAAAUCGUAAAGCAUUGACGGUUCAUUUUGAUGAUAGUCAAAAAAGUUCAUUUAUUGUGUUCAUUGAAAAUGAUUCAAAUUGUCGUUGGCUUAAAGAAGAAUUGAUUAGACGUUAUUUUACUCAUUAUGGAACGAAACCAAUGUUUUCAUUACGAACAGAUAAUGAUGCUAUAUUACUUGAUUCUGAUCUAGUCAUAGAUAUUGUUGGUGAUAAUGAACGUAAUAUUAAAGCAAUCAUUGAACAAUGGACAAUUGAUCAACCUGAUAAACGUUAUAUUGAAUUGUGUACAUUACAACAAACGGAUGUUGAUAAAAACAUUGAAAAUAGUUUAAGAAAAUCCUAUAAAAAUUUAUAUCUAACCUUUCAAGGUUUGUAUUUUCCAUCGAAAAUCCAGAUUACAUUAAUGAUGAAGGCAUUGUUAAAACAGAACAUUAAAGAAUUGGAUCUAUCACAUACGAAUUUAUUGGCAAACAAAGAGAAUUAUAAUGCAUUUCAAACAAUGAUCGUUUCACUAUCGAAUUUAAAGGAAUUAUAUCUAUCUAAUGUAUCAUUGUCGUCCAGUUGUUUGAUACACUUGAUCAAUUUGAAUCUUUCACUUAGAAAAUUGGAUCUCAGUUACAAUCCAUUGGGUGAUGAUUGUGUAUAUUCAAUAGCACAGAUCAUCAGCACAUUUAGAAAAUUGGAACACUUCAAUUUGUCUGCAUGUGAUCUGACAGAACGAUUUAUUCAGAACAAUCUUCUUAUGAAUUCAAUCAAGAAUUCUACUAGUUUAAUAACAUUUUUGCUUGAAUAUAAUGAUUUCCCUGGGGAUUUAAACGAACGAAUGCAUGAAUUAUUGAAUGAUGGUAAUCGUGUUCAUUUGGAUUCAAAUGGAUGAUUCUUGAAUGACGAAAUUAGCAAAUGAAAAUAAGAACUGGCUUAUGAAACCAGAUAGACGAGGAGAAGACAAGAAGAAGAAGAAUCUAACCAGAGCAGCAUUAUUGUGGUAUUUUUCAUAUAAAAAUAUAAUUAUUUAUAAUGAUUGUUUACCAAUUAUAAAUGAAACAAAUUCACUGACUGAGAAAAAAAAAGUCAGAAACUGUCUUG